AAGGGACUCAUCUCUGUGUCCUUUUCUACUUGUCAGACUGUAGUACAACAGACCAUUUAGUUUUCAUUUUGCUCUUUGUUCUAGAUUGAUUCUUAAUCAUGUCUGCACUGUCAGAUUUUCAAAGAAAGAAAAUCUUAAAUCUUUUUGAGAAUCUGUACGAUUUAAACAAAGACGGUGUCAUAGAAAAAUGUGAUUUUGAUAACGCCGUUGAGAAAAUCUCUACUCUACAUCACUGGAAGAACAACGAUGAGGCCUUCAAGAAAGCACAAGAAACAGUCAACGAGAUUUGGGAAGGUUUGAGGAUAAGAGCUGACAAAAAUAAGGACGGUAAAAUCACCAAAGAAGAGUGGACAAAGAUGUGGGAAGAGUGUAUAAAAGAUGUGGUCGACGGAAAGAAAUUUCCAGAAUGGCAGCAGAAAUACAUGGAGUUUAUGUUCUACGCUAACGACACAUCAGGUGACGGGUUCAUUGACCGUGACGAGUACACAGCCAUUUAUCGUCUGUUUGGUUUCUCACAAGAUGACGUCAACGUUUGUUUUGACAAGAUUUCACAAGGUCUACCCAAAAAUAUGUUAUCUAAAGAAGACUUUGAAGCAUUGUGGAGGGAGUACUUCGUAGCAGAGGAUGAGAAUGCCAAGGGAAAUUUCUUGUUUGGCAGACAGUCACACUAACUGGCCUUUCAUGAACAGAAUUGGUUCAACUAGUAUCGUUACACAACAUUUCACAUACCUGGCAUAGGCACAGUUAUCUCCCCGCCACUGAGAGAAUGAAUGAAAUAAACACCACCUACCAUAUUGAUUAAUAUUCCUCUUCUAAUUGAUUAAAGAACUUAUAACACGGA